UUUCACGAAUUUCUCGAAGUGCGGAGUUGUGGAUAAAUCCUUAUUUUGUAGACACUUACGCAACAUUGCGUCUGCAUUAUUUACUAAUUGGCACCUUCUGGCUGAGCUCCUCUGAAAUUUUUCUGUCCGGGCUGUCCUCACACAUCUAAAUAAUUUUUUCCCCGUGUCUCCUCCGUAAUUAGAAACGUAGGUAAUUACUCCAGUUUCAUCUUAACAAAAAGUUAGCGUUCUUCAAGCCUGUUAUCACUCAGCAUUUGUGUUACUUCAGUCCGUCUGUGUCUGAGGGUUGUGUUGUAUCUGUCAAUUGUUCAGUCCCAUAAUCCGGCUCUUCAAUCGAAAAUUGAAGAAUGGCCCUUGUAAGCUGUGAUACUUUUGUAGUUUUACCUCCAUUAACUGCUCAUGGAGGGAUUAUUUUUGGCAAAAAUUCUGACCGCCCUAAAGGUGAAGUCCAGGAACUAAUCUAUCAAAAACCUGAGUCAUAUCCUGCUGGUAGCAAAGUUAUGUGUACCUACAUCGAAAUUGAGCAAGCAGAAGCAACUCAAGGAGUAAUCUUGAGCAAACCAGCGUGGAUGUGGGGAGCAGAGAUGGGAGCCAAUGAAGCAGGAGUUGUGAUUGGCAACGAAGCUGUCUACACCAAACUUCAAUCCUCAAAAGAUGCUGAGGAGAAACUCCUAGGGAUGGAUCUUGUCAGGCUUGGUUUAGAAAGAGCGAAGUCAGCGGAUGAGGCUGUCACUAUAAUCACUACUCUUCUUGAGAAGCACGGACAGGGUGGACCUUGCUCUGAUACGGAUCCCGAUUUCACGUAUCACAAUUCGUUUCUAAUUGCAGAUGCUAAGGAGGCCUGGGUCCUAGAAACAGCCGGUCAUUUAUGGGCAGCUGAAAAAAUUAAAGAAGGAUACCGCAAUAUUUCUAACUGUCUUAGUCUGACCACUAGAUUUGAUAGAUCUUCUGCUGACUUAAAAGAAUAUGCCAAAGGAAACAAUCUCUGGAAUGGGGAGGAUGAGUUCAAUUUUAAGAAAAUAUUCGCCAACCCAGAAACUAGCUGUGAUCGUUUUGAAAAAGGCUCCGAGUUAUUAGGAAAUCUAACCAAAUCAAACCAAUUUAAAACGAAAGACAUGUUUACAGUUUUACGGGACAAAGAUUCUGGCAUUUGCCGAAGCACAGAUAACCCGUUUCCAACAACUGGAUCCCAGGUGUCUCUUUUAUCCGUCGCAGGAAGUCAGAAACCACAUGUCCAUUGGUUCACUGCAACACCUGACCCAUCUGUAUCAGUUUUCAAACCGUUUAUUUUCACCCCCAACGUUCAAAUUUCACAACAUACUGUUAGUCCUAUCAUCGAAAAUGAUCCAGCCAAGGUGGUUCCUCGUUUUCAGCGCAAGGUUGAUAGAGCACAUUUGUUAUACAGACUUCAUGAGAGUGCAAUUGAAAAGCAAAAAACUGCUGGUUUGACAGAACUUAAGAAUAUGGAGACUAUCUGUUACACGGAAAUGGAAACUCUCCUCAGCAACGAUACGACCUUAGAUCUAUCAGAAAUGGACGAUUUGCUCAAAGACGCUGUUGAAACUGAAGUGAAAUUUCUUAGAUAAUCUGCUUUCAAUUUAUAAUGAAGUGGCAAAAAAAGCCAUUCAUCACCCAAUUUAUUUACUGCAGCUGUGCUUUUCUAUAAGCUUUGAAAUGUGUAUCUUUAUUUAUGUAUUUAUUCACAAUUUACUUUUGUAUUGUUUAUAUAACAUCACAAUUGUUCAAAAAUCAUAGCUUUUUCUUUCGUCUUUUUUUUUUCGGAAAGUCCAACUUUAAAUCACCGUUCAAAUUUUUCAUGUGCUUCUGCAUGAAAAAGUAUUGUUUCUUGUCAUAAUUAUCUGGAGCACGCUGAAUAGUUCCUGUCGAAUUUUAUUUGUAAUUUAUGUCUUUAGCAAAAAAAAAAAGGAAAACCUGUAGUCGAUGACUUUCUCAUUGGCUUGUUGGUAUUAUGACUAGUGCAGUCUAGUAAUGUUCUCAGGCAAUAAAAAUGCUAUCUGGGUCUACUACCAAACUCAUUGUGAAGAAAUUGUUAUGAAUGCAACUUACAUGUGCUGCUGAUCAUCAGAUUUGUUGCGUUUCUUCAGAAUAAUGUCAGAAUCAUCGCAAAAAUUACCAUAGUCAUCAAUAUGUUAACUAUCAUUUUAUAGAUCAGCUGUCAAUAUACAUUGAAAAAUUUUUGCACCAAAAACCUACAGUCCCAUCAGUUUAGUAAACAUUUGUGUUUUUGUUUUAGUAAUUUUGAAAACCCCAAAAAAUUAAUCUGAAACCUACUUUUCUAUUAUUGUUAAUGAUUUUCUCUGUGAUUUUUGGAACAUUGAUAAUGACCCAGUCAUUGCGCUAUGCUGUAGCUUUAAAAUAUGUUAUAUUUUAGUGUAGUAUCAAUUUUUAUAAUUUUAUACCUCUUUUAUUCCUUUCCUUAUUGUUUUGUGUUUAUAUUACACCGUAACUAUCAGAUUGUGAUAACAAAUUUUGAAAGUUUCUCCAUGAGUGUAGAAACUGAUUGGUGCAGUGAUACUCGAUUCCAAAUUUAUUCAUUUUAUAUCUCUCAUUUUCAUUACUUUCCCUAAUUUUUAGUUUAUUUUCCUGUUCCUUUCAGCUCCUCUAAGGUGGUCACUACUUAAUGUUGUAAAAUCCCUUUGAAGGAUCUAAAACACAAUUAUAAUUGUAAUUUGUACCAAAGAUUGUAAGAUUAGUGUGUUUCAGAAACUUGAAUUUUAUCGUCUUAGAAGCCUAAACUCAAAUAUAUUGAGGGGAUAGGUUAAGAAUUAAAUUCUUAACUAAAUAUCGGUGCAAUCCUUUUCUUCAAUCGAUUUUUUUUACCUUAUAAUAUGUACGAAGGAAAAUUUAUAAUCUGUGAUUAUUUUCAUACUUAAAUUUUUUUAUUUGUUAAUGCACAGGUUUUAGCUUCGCUUAAGCAGCUCUCACAUGAGCACGCAGUGGUUGAUCAAUUAAGAGCAAAUCUGAAUGUGGUAUUAGACAUUAUAGUCUUUGUAUUCCUACUAAGCUGCACUUUCCUAGAAGCUCCAUGCGGAGAAGACAUUUGCACCACAAAUUUUGUUGCAUACCUCCUUGAUUUUCAAUUUCAAUUGAAGCAGCUUUCAGAGAGUACUUAUUGCAUCAUCAGUGGCGUAGUGUACUUUGCGAUUUAUUGAUUUAUCUGCCAUUUGAACCCAUGGAAAAGGAUCGAUGAACAUGGUAUUAGCAACAAACGCCUUAAUAAUCGAUUCUUUACCACAGCUUCGAAAGGGAAAUUAUUGAUAAUCGAUUAAUUUUUCCCACCUUAAUAAAAGACGACCUUAUUAAAAGAUAGGAAGCACAGGGUUUCUGAAUUAUAUCAGCUCUGAGUGUCAGAUAAUGCGCUCAUCCAAUUACGAAGUUGCACAUCUUGGGGUAUUUCAUCCUUUUAAAAAAAACUUGAGUGCAGUUUUUCUUGAAAUUUACUUGCUCAUUUAAAAACAUCCACAUCAAAGUUCAACGAAAUAUUUUGACUAGUUUUCUUUGAGGGGGAUGUAACACCAAUGGAGAUUUUGGAGUCGCAAAGAAAAUAUGUAAUUUUUUACCGCAGUCAUCAA